AUGCCUGUCACUGCUGUUGCAGUAAGUAGGUUCAAAUGCAUAAAGAUACCAGAACAAUUUGGUAGUGGCGUGUUUUUCAUAUGUUUUUACGCAGUGACGGAUCUAUGGGGAAGGAGCCGGCAGGCCCUGGUCCCCGUUGUGAGCAGCAAUUUAUUAAAAUUGUCUAGAGACGCCAGUGCCAUGCUUAGUGGCCAUUUGAUGUGUAUAUGCAUCGGUGUAUAUAAAACACACAAAAUCUACUUCAAAUCACCUAGCUUCAUAAACCUACCUAAAAGAUUAACACGGGAUAGCAGAAGGACAUGCCAGAGAAUUUGGAACAGCCAGUCAGCGCAUUUGCAGGCCAAAAUUUUCAACAUCCUAAUUUUACUGUUUUACGAUUUAAAAUUUUUUUGA